UGUUGUGUGUGUUACCGUCUGUCCCUUGCUCAGUGUCCGCAAUGUUUGAACUAACUACAUAAGCACUGUCUGGAAUGAAUUGCCAGCAACGUCACGUCACGUGGGACGUACACGUCUGCUUUUGCUUGUGCGCUAACGUUUCCUGAAACAGUCAACGGCAUCAUGGCUGUUUGAAGAGGCUUCAAUCUGCCGCAUAAUGCCACGUCAUAGACGGAGAACUAUUUACAUUUAACUACUAGUGUAAGCGCAGAACGUGUUCAACUUUCAUCAUCAUUAAUAGCAGAGGCUGUCAGAGACUCGUUUGGAAUCAAUGACCCAAAGGAAUUGUACAGCGAAGAAAAUAGAGCGAACGCAAACUCCAAGAGGCCUGAACAUGUUGUUCAUCAAACACGUUAUUCCCACGCUACUGCUUGUGAGCGGCUGGAAUGUCACAAGAGGUUUGACAAAAACGUCACCUUGCUUUGCAACAGGUCGUCCAUCACUUCCACUGUCCAGUGGUGAUGGCAUAUUACGAUAUUCGUCAGUAACUGGCCCCCAACCAAUGCUAAGAACUUUAUUAGUUCCUCCAGGGCCGUACGAGGUGAUUUUCGAUUAUCCACCACAAUGUUACAUGGUAGCCAAGGAGAUCACAAUCGAGUCAGAAGGCAGCUGUAUUGUCCAGAUACACACGAGGGAACGGAUCGACUCAAAAUCACCGUGGACACAAUGGAAUCCUAACCAAAUUACCGAAACCAAGCAGUCUGGUGGGAUGGUAGUAGAUCGUUUUAAGUUUGUAGUCUCUGUCAAAAUCCUCAAGCACCAGUUAAAUCUUCGCUUUCACAUGGCAUAUGGAUCUUGUAAAGUGGCACUUAAUGGUAAUGAGCCUUACAUUACUGUGAUAUCAGAAGAUAUCGAUGAAUGCAAGAAUGCAACAACCUGCAGUCCAAGUCCCAGAGGUACCUGUACUAACACAUUCGGUAGUUACCAAUGCUCUUGUAAUGCCGGAUAUACUCAUGGAUCAACGUGUCAAGAUUUUGACGAGUGCUCAAACACCCCUGGCGUCUGUCAACAUAUCACAGAUAGUAUCUGCAAGAAUUCACCCGGUUCUUAUCGUUGUCAGUGCAAUUCAGGGUACACAGGAGUAACAUGUCAAGAUAUAAACGAGUGUACACCAGAAACGGGUGUCUGCAACAGCACAGCUAACAGUCACUGCAACAACAUUCCUGGCUCAUAUCAAUGUCUUUGCAGGACUGGAUACACAGGCUCAACAUGUCAAGAUAUCAAUGAAUGUACACCUUAUACGGGUAUUUGCAACAAUAUUGCUAACAGUGAAUGCAACAAUGCACCUGGAUCUUAUCAAUGUGUUUGCAAGUCAGGCUUUACAGGAACACCUUGUAAAGAUAUCAACGAAUGUAAGGACGACAGAGACAUCUGCAAGAGUACAAUCAACAGUGAAUGUAACAACACCAUCGGAUCGUAUGAAUGUGUUUGCCAAGAUGGAUACUCUGCACCUCCAUUUCAAGUCAUGCCGUCGACCAUUUUCAUGACGAUAUCAACAGGAAGCAUCAGCACCUUUCAGAGCACGACCUCUCAUACCACGACCUAUAUCGUCGUGGCAGCAGUAGCUUCUAUCCUGGCAGUAGCUCUGGGACUUACCGCCCUAGUCUGCUGCGUGAAGAACAGGAAACUGUCCAGAAUGAAAAGUAAAGGAGGCGAUCAAGCGCUGUAUAGAUGUUCUACAGCACCCGAAUCACGUCUAAGCCAGAUUGAUGCUGUCACACUGACGACAAAUGAACUGUAUACCUUACCAGCAUGCGCAUCGGAAGUGCACAACAGUGCGUGCACGAUCGGAAACUCAAACGCGAUCAGCACAGUGCCUGCCAGCUGUACUAGGCAGGUUGGCAUGACCUUGAAUCCUGUGUAUGACGACAGUGCACUACAUGUACCACUGGCCGUGAGGCUAAGCAACACCACAAAUCCCAGUGACAAUGGAUACGAGGAGGUAGAUAUUUGCUCAAAGACUUGACACACAUCGCAGGCUGGCAAGAGAAAAUCCUUAUCCACCUUACUUGGCCUUCAAUUCCCCAACAGGAUUUGUCAUAGAACGAUUAUCUUUUCGGCACCUCUCCACAUUCCUCCGCGGAUACAAAUCUUAUCACACAAGCAGGACCAUCCUUUUGAUUACGUGCCUUUAGCUGAGAAACGGAACACUGAUUGUUUACAUUAUUGCUCUUCGUGAAAUAAAUAUUUAUGUUCUUUGAUAUUUCUGAUUUCGUUGUGUCUUCACCCUUUUCAUGACAUAUUGUUGCCAUACAUUGUGCCUGCUAUUGCUGGGCAACCGUUCUAGAGGCAUGCAAGUAUUUUCGUCAUUCCUGUACUCGAUUAAUCAACCACGACUACGGUGUAGCGGACACAAGAGUAUUGAAUUCUCACGUUCACACAAUUUGAAUUCGAUUUACUAAGCAUAACAUGCCGACCUUUGUCACUGCUUGUUGUGCAUCCACACUCAAUUACUGAUCUGUUCGCUUCAUCUUUUUCUCCUUUGUCUUUUUCUUCUUUGCGAUUUGGAUAUGUGAUGCUUCAGUAAAAACCAGUGAAUAAUACAAGU